UCCAUCUCACAGGCUGUGCUAUAAAAUACUCCUCUUCCCUGAGCAACAAGCAACGACUGGAUGAUGUGUGGAUGAAAUCUCUAUGAAGGACUAACCUCACGUGCUCAUACGCGCAAGCGUCGCGUCGGUUUGAGUAUGCACAACGAAUGUGAUCUUGCGUUCCCGUCUCCUCCUUCUCCUCCUCGAGCCGACACUGAGAGGCGUUUCGUCAUGAGUAAAGAGACAGUUUUACCGCAAUGCUAUUUCAAUAGCUCUCUAGCUCUGCACGAGAGCCACUGACCCAAGAGGAAAGGGUGGUGCCGCGCACUGGCAUAGUCCAUUUAUCUGGAGUCGGCUCAGCAGACAAGAACCGAGCGGAGCAGGUGUGCGCUUUCAGUCUGGAUUCAGAGCUCCUCUCUCUCGUCUCUGACUUUGAUGGACUUACAUGCGGCACGUUAACUGCGGUGGAUGACUCCAUAUGCGCGUUUAUUGCUCAAGGUGAAAGUGUCCUUCUUCAGAACACAGUUCAGUGGAGAUCUUCAUUAUGAACACAGUUAGCGGAGGACGUGCUCAUAAAAGAGCAUCCCUGUCGCUCACUCUCUGGCCUGUGAAGAGGGUCCAGAGCUCACCCAACCUGUACGCAGCUGCAGGUAGUGAUUCCCAGUCAUCAGAUUCAGAUGCCUGGCGUUCACGUAGUGUGUCUGAAGGGUUAAGGAAUGGAGAUGCCAGUAGCUCGUCCUUGACUUCUAAAGGCUUCCGCAGCGUUAGACCGAACCUACAGGAUAAGAAAUCUCCCACACUGGUCCCCUUGCCGCCCCCUCGGAGAGAGAGCUAUCACAUGACCCCUAACCCCCCAUAUUACAGUUCCCUUGCAAUGCUGUCAGACACCUCCCUCUCUCCCCCACAGAGUCAUGAUAUAAUUUCCACAGGCUCGUACACCUCCUCGUACUCAUACUCUAAGACCACCCGAACCUCCACUAGCACCCCUGGAGCCCCCCUGGAGGAGCCCCCUUUGUCCCAACAAGCUAAUGCUAACAGUUUUAUCACUCGGGUUCUGGGAAACAAAUUGUCAUCUUCAAAAUUUACCACUGACCAACUAAAUGCAGCACCUAACAAGACAAACAUGAUUAAAACUGACCCUAAGUCUAAAACUAAGCCAAAAAGUACAACUGCUCCCCCAGCUCAAGACCCCACUGCAACUUCUGAAACACACGUAGCUUCUCUCUCUAUCCAGUUAGUUCCCCGCAGUCCAGAACCCCAAGCAGAGACCCAGUCAGGGUCUGAAACUGAAUCCAAGAAAAACACAGUGGACCUUGCUGACCCUACGCGAGCCCCUGUUGUACCACCAAGACCAGCGAGCAGUUUGGUGCGUGAGUUUUCCCCUGUAAGAGGGAGCAUCGGGCCGCUCUCUUCUGGACCGCCUUCCCCAGACCCAUCAGCUCACCGGUCACCGUAUAGCCGGGCCAGUCAGGAUUCCCCUGACUUCCUUUCAGGCCUAUUGCCCAGAGCCCUCUCACCGACACCCUAUGCCCCUCUGGAACGUUCCGGGCUAAUGUCGGCCUCACCUGCUCUGUCACCAGUAACUGUGUCGGCGCUGAGUCAUUAUUCAUCAUCCACGGCUGGGCUGGAGGAGCUGCAGAUCUGUGGCAUGGACUCCUCCCCUGCGGCCACGCCCACCCCAUCCCCCACACUCAGCCACGCCUCCAAUACCCCUGACGAGCUUCCUACUGCCCCGUCAGCUGCCACGGGCACUAACGGUCAGAUGGCAAUGAAUGGAAGCUCUCAAUCUCAGAGGCCCUUUUCUCCACCUGUUUACCCACCUCCACCCCCAACCCUCAGCCCAGGACUGGUAAAGAUCCUGCAGGAUCGUAGUUCGGAGGGUUCAGAGACGGUGAAGAAAGAGACUGUUGUCUCUGGUGAGACAGUGGUCAGUAGCUCUGUGCCCAUCGCUCGUUUCUCAGAGGAAGAGAAGAAGGUGUCCGUCAUAAAAGCGCCCCAUUACGAAGGCAUUGGACCAGUGGAUGAGUCAGGCAUUCCCAUCGCCAUCCGAACGACCGUGGACAGACCCAAGGACUGGUACAAGACCAUGUUCAAACAGAUCCACAUGGUUCAUAAAGCAGAUGAUGACUAUGCAGACACAUAUAAUGCAACAUACGCUGUCAUAAACAACGAUAAUCACCCUCCUGUCCAUGCCCACCCGCCCCCUCGAACGCACACCUACCGGCCUCUCUCUAGAAAUACCUCAGACACGCCAGACAGUGCCGCCCACCGGGAGCUCUCACCAUCCCCCGUGCCCCCUCCGCCCCCUCCCAUGCCCUCUCUCCUCCAGCUCCGCUCAAGAGACAUGGACAGAGAGAAAGAGUUCUCACACAACCCAAAUGAGUGGGGUCCUCCAGAUCGAAAAGUGGAUACGCGUAAAUACCGGGCAGAACCACGGAGCAUCUUUGAGUAUGAGCCUGGCAAAUCCUCCAUCCUUGAGCAAGAAAGGCCGACAUUUGAUUUAAACCCAGAUGACAUAGAUUUAGAGAAUGAGCCUUGGUUUAAAUUCUUUUCCGAGUUGGAGUUUGGACGGCCGCCUCCUAAAAAGAGGUUGGAUUAUAAUCCUGACUACUCCACACAUGCUGUGGCACAGUCAUCCCUCUAUCUCUCGCCUUCGGAACGACCUGACGGGCCUUCAAGUACUGCAAGUGACUACAAGAAAAGGCGAAAGUCGGAACCAUCUGUCACUCAAGCCAAAACAGGAAGUGAGCAGAAUGCCAGUCAAGUAUUUUCCCACCCACUGGACUCCAAUAAAGCACAGACACUGAAGAAGCCCACCAUACGUUCCUCCCCCUCCUCACCAUCCAGACCCAAAGAUCAGGGCUCUGAUACAGGACGUCUCACACCACAAAGCAGAAGACCCACGCCAGAGAGAGAGGUCUCUUCUAAGCAGAUGACCUAUCUUAUAUUGUCUUCUCUCCUCCAUCAGAAACAGUCUGCAAGGGCUAUUUAUGAUUUUAAAGCUCAGUCUGCCAAGGAACUCUCUUUUAAGAAAGGUGAUGCUGUCAACAUCAUCAGACAAAUUGACAGUAACUGGUAUGAGGGGGAACACAGAGGACGGAUUGGGAUUUUCCCCAUCUCUUAUGUCGAGAAGGUCGCAUCUCCAGAGCGGAUUCAGCCUGUCAGGCCUCCUCCUCCAGCUCAGGUUCGAGAGAUUGGAGAGGCCAUAGCACGAUACAAUUUCAAUGCUGACACUAACGUGGAGCUUUCUCUUAGAAAGGGGGAGCGAGUGAUCCUUCUAAGGAAGGUGGAUCAGAAUUGGUAUGAAGGAAAGGUUCCUGGCUCAAACAAGCAGGGCAUUUUCCCUGUGUCCUAUAUCGAUGUGAUCAAGGGCUCUCCUUCCAAGAGCCCCAGUCACCAAGGAGACACGCACACAUAUAAGGCACAUAAGUACAAUACAGAGCCCUCCCAUUUGCAAUGUCUUGAUUCUGCCACUGGGACACACUUUCAAACAGUCACUAGUGAAUGGCUGUCCCUCAUGUUGGGAGUUUCCACCACUUACCCAUCUUCCUAUGGCAGUCCAGUCCCACCCACCCCUCCUCCAUUACCCAGCAAUCUACACUACACAGGCCCCCAAUCCCCUGCUUCACUUGUGCAAAGGUUCACCCCGCCACAAAACCUUUCCCCUUUUGUGGAUGCAAAAGAAUGCUCCCCUUUUCCUAGCCAAGGACCAAUCACUUCAGAGUCCUCAAAUAUUUCCCUUUAUUCCCAUGAACGUCUCUACAGAGAUAAACUGACAGCAAUAGAUGUACCAGAUACAUUAAUUCCAGUGAAACAGAUCACAGACCAUACUCAAGAGCUGUUAAGAAUGGAAAAAAAGAGUCAUGAUGGUAUAAAGCUCUUAAAAGAUAUGUAUUUAAAGGACCAAAGCUUGAUACAAAAGUAUGACCCAUCCAGGCUAAUAAAUAAACCUGAUCCAUAUGGCGAGCUUAUGUCGAUGUUUCUGAAAAAUCAACUCUAUAAUGAACUUGAAUUCAGAUUGGGCAAUCGAUCAGAAAGCAUGGCUAAUCAAGAAGCAUUACCUGAUAAGCCACUGUCCAUCAGUCCAAGCCACAAAUCAGAAUAUAUACUGGAUAAACAUCAUGAUAUCCAUAAGAAAAAGGCUGAGGAGCUGCUGUCAGUCAUUUUGAAUAAGAAAACAGAGUUUGACGGUCCAGUAGCUGCUAUAAAGUGGGAGGAACUUCCUGAGUUGUACAUAAAGGAAGAGGAUGAUGAAACAAACAACAGAUCAGGCUUGGAGACUGUUUCAAAAAAAGAGGCUGACUCCUCCUCCAUCACGCCAUCUCUCCCUUUCUCCACCUCCCCCAUGACUGAUUCCUCCCUAACUCUAUCUUCCACUAGUUUCUCUCCUCCACAUGUUGAAUCAUCUGCCUCUGCUGUUCACUCUUCUCCAGCGUCUGCUUCCAGACCUUCUCCAAGUCCUCCUCCUAUUCCUCUUGCUUCAUCUCUUCCUUUGGUAUCCUAUUCCUCUUCUGUCCUCCAAACCUCAGUUGUUUCUUCCCCUUCAGACUCUCCUCUCCGCACUCCUCCUCCUUCACCUCCUUUGUCUCCUCCAGACUCCCCAAUCCCUCUUCCUCCUCCUCCUCCUUCUUCAUCGACUCUCAAUAUUCUUACUUCUUUGCCUUCUUUCCCUUCUAAUUAUCAAUCAUCUCCUUCUCCUCCCUCCUCAUUUCCACAACCCCUUCUUUCUUCUGUCCUUCCUCAGCUUUCCUCUCCUACUUCCGCUCCUAUUCUUUCAAAUCCCUCCUCCCAGUCUCCUUCUCCUCGUAUCUCACCAAUCCCUCCUUCAUCUCCUAUUCCUUCUUUGCAUCCUCCUCUUUAUUCCUCCUUUCAGCCUCUUUUACCAACUAUUCCAGCCUCCCCGUCCUCCUCUCCCUCUCCUCCUCCAUCUUCCUCAGAGCACAUCCCAUCUCCUCCCAGAUCUCCUCCACUCCUCACCUCUCCUCCUCCUCCUCCUCCCUCCUCUGUAACCGUAGUCUCCACUCAGCCCUCUCCAUCCAUCCCUCCAUCCUCUCCCUCUGUUUCUCCUCUCUCCCCACGUUCACAGCCUCGAUCUCCUAAGAUCAAGACAGUUUAUAGGCAGGAAGUGGUGGUUGAGGGUAAGCCACCACGUAGCCCCAUUUCCACCAGAAGGCGCUGUUUAUCUCCCUGUUUAUCACCCAGUAGAGCAAGAAGGGUAGGAUGGAGUGUGCUGUGACACUAGCAGCAGUGCAGACUG